AUGAGCUCCUCCGACGACGAUCGCCCUCUUUCGAAGGCUAAUGGCCAUCGACUCUCAGCGGCAAAGAUCUCACGCGCCGAGGACAAUGCCAUGGCUCAGCCAGUUCCAAAGGAAGCCGCCAAAAUGGCCGGCCUCUCAGUUCGCAACGGUCCCCUGGAAGACACGAUGGACAUUGAUGAGCCAGCUGCCAAUGGUACAACGAAACGCAAAUCACGCAAUUCCAUCACCAAGGUCAACUACAAGGACGAUGAGUCAAGCGACGAAGGUGCUCCAAUGGCCAAACGCCAGAAGAAACAGACAAAUAAGAUUGCUGAAUCCGAUUCCGAUGACGAGCCCAUCAUGAAGGCACGGGGAAAGAAGCUUCCACCGUCUUACAAGGAAACCGCGCUUCCCGAGUCCUCAGACGACGACGACGAGCCUCUUGGUGUGAAGCUCGCGCAGAAGAAGGCCAACAUUGAGAAGAAGGCCGAGAAGGAAGCUAAAGCGAUUCGAUCCAAGGAGCGAGCCAAGAAGCCUACACCCAAGAAGGCUAUCAAGGAUGAAUCUGACGACGACGUGCCCCUUGCGAGAUCCACUGCGACCAAGCGACAAACAAACGGAACCACUGCGAAGCGCAAGUCAAAUGGCGUUAAGAAGGAAGAAUCAGACUCUGAUGCUCCCAUUUCAAAGAAGGCCAAACCUGCUGCUACCAAGAAGGGUGCAAAGGCAGAGUCCAAGAAGGCAAGUGAGAGUGAUGGUGAAGAAGAAUUUGAGUGGUGGAACGCGCCCAAGAAGGAAGACGAUUCUAUCAAAUGGACAACUCUGGAGCAUAAUGGUGUUCUGUUCCCACCUGACUACGAGCCAUUGCCCAAGAACGUCAAGAUGCUCUAUGACGGACAGCCGGUUACUCUUGCGCCUGAGGUCGAAGAGGUUGCCACUUUCUGGGUUGCUAUGAUGACACCCGCGUCGAUCCAUCAUCUCGAGAACCCAGUUUUCCGAAAGAACUUCUUCGACGACUUCAAGGUAUACUGCGACAAGUACGGUGUAACAGAUGCUCAGGGAAAGAAAGUCGCUGUCAAGUCACUUGAUAAGUGCAACUUUGACAAGAUCAACGAUUACUGGACCAAGAGGGUGGAGCAGAACAAGACCAAGAACAUGACCAAGGAAGAGAAAGAGGCUGCCAAGGCUAAGAAGGACGCCCUCGAGGCCCCUUUUACCCAUUGUACAUGGGACGGCAGAAAGGAGAAGGUUGGCAACUUCAGAGUCGAACCUCCAAGUCUAUUCCGCGGUCGUGGUGAACAUCCCAAGACUGGCAAAGUCAAGCAACGUGUUCAACCGGAGCAGAUUACCAUCAACAUUGGCAAGGGCGCUAAGAUUCCAGAGCCUCCCAAGGGCCAUCAGUGGAAGGCGGUGCAGCACGAUCAAAAGGCAACUUGGCUAGCCAUGUGGCAAGAGAACAUCAACCAAAACUACAAGUAUGUCAUGCUUGGAGCAGACAGUGCUAUCAAAGGUCAAAGUGAUUUCAAGAAGUUCGAGAAGGCUCGAGAGCUCAAGAAGUACAUUGACAAGAUCCGCAAGGACUAUACCAAAGAGCUCAAGAGUGAGAUUAUGGCUGAUCGACAGCGAGCCACCGCCAUGUAUUUCAUCGACAAACUGGCUCUCCGAGCUGGAAAUGAGAAGGAUACAGAAAACGAGGCCGAUACAGUAGGCUGCUGCUCUCUCAAGUAUGAGCAUGUCACACUUGAACCUCCCAACAAAGUCACAUUUGAUUUCCUUGGAAAAGAUAGUAUUCCCUACAGAGAGACUGCUGUUGUAGAUGCCCAGGUUUUCAAGAACCUGAAGCUCUUCAAAAAGGCACCCAAGACAACGGGAGAUGAUCUUUUUGACCGUCUCACUACCUCUCAACUCAACAAGCAUUUGACCAGCUACAUGAAGGGACUAACUGCCAAGGUUUUCCGUACCUACAACGCUUCCUUCACAAUGUCGACUCUGCUCAAUAAACUUGGUAGCGACCCUCGCUCUCGCGGGACGGCUGCCGAGAAGGUAAAGCUGUACAACGAUUGCAACCGUGAAGUUGCUAUUCUGUGUAACCACAAGCGAACCGUUGGCGCCUCUCACGAGCAACAAAUGGCCAAGCUAGGCGACAGGAUUAAAGGCCUCCGAUACCAGCAAUGGCGUACCAAGAUGAUGAUACUCGACAUUGACUCGAGCUACAAGAAGAAGAAGGGCGCUGCCUGGUUCGGGAAGGAUGAGGAGCUGAACGAUGAGUGGAUCAAGGAGCACCAGCAGUUCUUGCUCGAGGAGCAGCGCACAAAGAUCCAGAAGAAGUUUGAGAAGGACAACGAAAAGCGCAAGGCCGACAAGGAGAAGCCACUGCCUGAGAAGGAGCUCAAGGAGCGACUUCAGGCUGUGAAGGAAAUGGAAGCCAAGUUCAAGAAGGAGAACAAGACCAAGAAAGUUGAGGCUGAAGGCCGAGGCGCUACGGUUGACAAGUUCCUGAAGGCUGUGGACAAGUUUGAUGAGCGCAUCAAGACGCUUGAGCUCCAGGCCCAGGAUCGUGAUGGUAACAAGGAGGUAGCUCUCGGCACCUCCAAGAUCAACUACAUUGAUCCUCGUCUUACUGUCGUCUUCUCCAAGAAGUUCGAUGUUCCAAUCGAAAAGUUCUUCUCCAAGACGCUUCGGGACAAGUUCCGAUGGGCGAUCAAGUCUGUUGAGGACGAAGACGAUUGGACCUUCUAA